AUGUUGUCGCUACCAAGUCUGGCACCUCAAGAUUCUUACACUCUAUGGUACACCUCUUCUACCUCGAACGAUCACACCCCAUUCCUCGAGUCCACCGACAACGACCCUUCAUCCCAACCUCGCAAUCAACAUCCGCAUUCACACCGCCGUCAUGCCCUGCACCGCACUCCCCUCGCACGCCUCCGACACGAUGAAGAAUACAUGGAGCGCCGCAAGCAAAACAUUCAAAACUAUGGCAGCUCAUGGAUCAAGCCGCCAGGAGUUGCCAAGUCACUGUAUCAACAGCGUGAAGAGGACCGUGAGAUGAAAGAGCACCAAGAGGCAUUGAGACGCGAGCAGCUAGCUCAAGAACUGGCUGAUGCGGAAGCAGAAGGCGCUGAAGAAAUGCUGCAAGGCGAAGGCGCGGAUGGUGAAAUGGAAGAAGCUCGUGAUCUCGACGACGAUGUUCCAGACGCCGAUAACACUGCUCUGGAAGAAGACGACUCUGAGGACUCGGAUGAGGAGAAUGGAACGCAAGAAGUCCGUAGAGACAUGGUUACUGCCCGAGUUCCAGAUGAUGUAUACCGAGAGGCUAUUGUCCGUGGAGAAGACAUUGCAGCCGGUCGAUUCGGUGGAGAUGGUGCGGAUGACGAAGAUAAUUCAGGCAUGCUUCAAGAAGAAGACUUGGUACACGAGAAUGCAGGACACCAUGACGAGGAUAUGGACAUGGAUGCCGAUAUUCCAGAAGCAGAUGAAGGUGGCUACGAACAUACGGACACUGAAGCAGAAUUGUCAAGUAGCGACGAUGACAGUGUGGAUGCUGGACGUUUACCAUCACAAUUUGCAGCAAGCAGUAUGGUCCGGAGCGAUGGAACUCAGAAUAGCAUGGACUUGAGCAGCUUAAUCUCAGGAGGUAGCAGUCAGAUUGGAGGCAGCAGCAGCCCUCGACAAAGAGUGAGUCUGCGAGGUCGAGGUUGGCGUUCGUCUGGGAACUAUCCACAAUAA